AUGGCUGAAAAAGGAAACCCUGUAAACGCGCAGGUUCCAGAGCAGCAGUUCGAUUCGGUAAUCCUGGAGGAGAGACCACUAGUGUCAGCAGUCCUACAGACUCUGCCUCCAAGUGAGAUUUCCACGCUACGUUCGUCUCUACUGAACCUUGUUCGUCUGACCGCUUGGAUACGCCGUUUUUCCUUCAACUGUCGACCAAGAAAUCGGUUGCAUAGGAAAACUGGAUUGCUGACAGCUGGUGAACAUGAUUCAUCCUUGAUUCUCCUAGUGCAGCUAGCCCAAUCGGAAUGUUUUCCGUUGGAAUUAUCAAACCUUGCGGCUAAGGGCGAAGUUAGGCCUUCGUCGAAGCUGCAUGCUUUGAAUCCUGUGAUGGUUGAUGGGAUACUCUGCGUUGGCGGCCGGCUCGGAAAUGCUCCUGUUUCGCGAGGAAGGAAACAUCCGAUGAUUUUGGAUAACCAUCAUCCACUCACGAAGCUCAUCUUGGUGGACUAUCACCGGCGAUUGCUGCACGGAGGACCGCAGUUGAAGAUAUCGUGUGUUCGAGAGAGGUUUUGGCCGUUGAGCGUCAGAAACUUAGCCACGAAGGUAAUGCACGAGUGCGUAAAGUGUUUCAGGGUGAAACCACGCGUCCAUGAUCAGUUGAUGGGAGAUCUUCCGUUGGAACGAGUAUCACCAGCUCCUGCUUUCCAACGAGUGGGUAUCGAUUAUUGUGGACCAUUCGAACUGCAGCCUGUCACCCGGAAGAGCGCUCCGGUGAAAUGCUAUCUCUGUUUGUUCGUUUGCUUAGUCUGCAAAGCUGUCCACAUUGAGGUUGUGAUGGACCUCACCACCGAGGCAUUUCUUGCUGCUCUUCGGAGAUUUGUUGCCAGACGCGGAAGACCAGAGUUGAUACUCUGCGACAACGCCUCCAAUUUCGUGGGAGCACAAAGAGAACUGCGUGAAUUGCAUCGAAUGUUUCGUCAACAACAGUUCCAAGAAAAGGUGUCAAUGGAGGCUGCUCAAGAUUCGAUCGAAUUCAAAUUCAUCCCUGCCAGAUCACCCAACUUUGGUGGCUUGUGGGAAGCCGCAGUCAAAUCGCUGAAAGGGCACAUGAGGAGAGUAAUCGGCAACAGAAUGCUGAAGUAUGAUGAACUGCAUACCGUUGUGACGCAAAUUGAAGCAUGUCUAAAUUCGAGACCGCUGACACCUCUCAGUAAUGACUCCGGUGACUUGGAAGCAUUGACUCCCGGGCAUUUCUUGAUCCAACGCCCACUCACCGCAGCACCCGAAUCAAGUCUCCAUGAUCUACCAGAGAAUAGGCUCAAUAGAUGGCAACGUGUUCAGAACUACAGGCAAGUGAUUUGGAAGCGCUGGUCAACAGACUACUUGUCUGCAGAGUCGCAACAAAUGGACAAGGCAAAGAAAUAA